AAAUUUGUAACGUUUACACAAGUAAUUAACUAAUAAUAUAUGAUAUUACUAUAUAAAAAUAUCAUAAGAAUUGAAGGUUCCACUUAAUUAAUAGAUGGACUAAUAUAGAAAAUCCCUUUCACAACAUUUUCUCAUCACUCACGCUAGCUAAUAUUUUUGGACAAUUGUUUAUACAUGAAUUCAUCAGCUAUAAAUAAUGGACUAGAAAAACGUUCACAAAUCAAAUUAUCACACCCCCUUAUAUAUUGACAUUUUAUCAACAAUAUAUUAAUUUUGAGAACCAAUAUGGCUGAAGAGAAACAUCAUCACAAUUUGUUCCACCACAAGAACAAGGAGGAGGAAGAGGGUCCUGUCAAUUAUGAAAAAGAAGUGAAGCACCACAGCCAUCUCGAGAAGAUCGGUGAACUUGGUGCUGUUGCUGCUGGUGCUUUCGCUUUGCAUGAGAAGCACAAGGAAAAGAAGGACCCAGAGAAUGCACACAAGCACAAGAUAGAGGAAGAGAUUGCAGCAGCUGCUGCAGUUGGGGCUGGUGGAUUUGCAUUCCAUGAACAUCAUGAGAAAAAAGAUGCCAAGAAAGAGAAAAAGGAAGUUGAGGGAGGACACCACCACCACCACCACUAAUAUUAUUUUACUAGUACUAUUUCAGGCAGCUAUGGACUGCAUAUCUAAUAUAAAUAAAAGAUAGUAUGUGUUUUAUAUCCAGUUUUAAUUUCUUUCGAGAGUUUGCUUUGAUGUUUCUAUGUUAAUCUCACCAUGUAAUACUUUGUCCAUGGAUUAAUUUGCUUUUUUAGUGU